CGCAUGUCUUCUUAAAACCCUCUGCUCUCUUCUUCCGUCCGCUGCCACCGUCGUUUUCAUACUCGUUGCAGCCGCCGCCGCCGCCGCCGCUGAUUACUCUCUCUCUCUAAAAUCCACAAAAUCACAGCACUUUGAGCCUUCGUAACAAGCCGCCGGAAGCCGAUUGAUCCCUCCCUAUUCCUCUUUCCGGGUAAAUAACCGCUCAUCGAGCCGAUCCAUCGCUAGGGUUUGCCGGCGGAGCGCAAGCGAAGAGGGCGCCGAUGGACGACCUUGAGAAGGCGAUACACCUCUGUUAUGAGCCUAGUGCUGCGGAUUCUGCGCUCCGCGCUCAGGCGAUGACCUUCUGUGAUCGCCUAAAGGCCGACCCUUCGGCACUCAUCCACCUCUGCCUCGACCGCCUCCAGCGUUCCCCGCUGGUUCUCGUCCAGUUCUGGUGCCUUCAGGCCCUCCACGAUGUCAUCCUCCUACGGUACGCCUCCAUUCCCCCCGCUGACCUUUCCCUCCUCCGCCCCGCCCUCCUCUCCCUCGCCUCUGAUCGCCCCCUACCCGCCGCCUCCCCUCAUUUUCUCAGGAAUAAGCUCGCCCAGGCCCUCGCCGCCCUUAUCCGCCUCGAGUACCCUGCGUCCUCCUUGCCAGACCCCUUUCUCUGCGUACUCCCCUGCCUUCCCGCUGCUGAUCCCUCUGCCAUCGACAUGUUUGCUCGCUUUCUUGCUGCCCUCGAUGAGGACCUUCUUAGUCUUGACUAUCCCCGCUCCCCUGAGGAGGCCGCCGCUGCCGCCCAGGUUAAGGACACCAUGCGCCAACAAUGCGUUCCCCAGAUUGCCCGCCACUGGUUCGACGUUCUGUCACUCUACCAUUCCUCGGACCCUUCCCUUGCCGCCUUCGCGCUAGACACCAUGCGGCGUUACAUCACAUGGAUCGACAUUGGUCUGGUCGCCAAUGAUGCGUUCGUCCCCCUAUUCUUCGGCCUCAUUCUCGCCCCUGGCUCAACUGAUCAACUCAGGGCUGCUUCUGGUAGUUGCAUUCUCGCAAUCAUUCUUAAGAGAAUGGAUCAUCGCCAGAAAAUGACGCUUCUCUACAGUCUACCAUUAAGUAAGGUUUUUGCUAACCCUGAUUUAGUCCAGAAGGUUCCAGCUUUGGUCACUGGUUAUGCCGCAGAGGCACUAGAAUGCUACAAGAAGUUGGGCUCUGCAGACGUAGAUGGGUAUUCACCUCUCAAUCUUCUCGAGGAGGCUUUGCCUUCUGUUUUGUACGUGAUGCAAGAAAGUGAGGAAAUGGAAUCGAGUAAUGUUGUUGAUUUUCUGUCAGAUUAUGUGAUCACCAUGAAGUUCCCCUCUGAAAAACAUGCAAUGUAUCUUAGGCAGAUACUUGAAGCUAUUAGAGUGCAAAUACUCUAUGAUCCUAUAUACAGAAACAAUCUUGAUAUCCCGGAUAAAAUUGGUAAAGACGAGGAGGAUCAGAUGGCAGAUCAUCGAAAGGAGCUACUAACACUCUUUAGUAGCAUUUGCCGUAUUACACCCAGUGUUACCCAGCUUUUUGUUCGAAAUUUAGUAAUUACAGCCUUGUCUUCUUCUGAAAGUAGUAGUGUGGAGGACGUGGAAGCCUUGCUCACUUUGUUCUACCGGUUGGGUGAGACAGUAAGAGAAGAAGCAAUGAAAACUGGCAGUGGUUUGUUGGGUGAGUUGGUGCAGAUGCUCCUUUCAGCACGAUUUCCUUGCCAUAAUCAUCGACUUGUUGCACUGAUUUACCUUGAGACUGUCUCAAGAUUUAUGAAGUUUGUGCAACAUAAUCCUCAAUAUAUAUCUCAUGUGCUGGCUGUCUUCUUGGACGAAAGAGGUAUACGCCAUCCAAAUCUCAAUGUCAGUAGACGAGCAAGUUAUCUUUUCAUGAGAACUGUCAAAUUACUGAAAGCUAGGCUUGUUCCUUAUCUGGACUUGAUUUUGCAACAGGGAUUACAUGAUAUUGUGUCUCAGUUCACAAAUUCAGAUUGGACUACAAAAGAUCUCAAGUUUCCAGGUUCUGAAGAUGGUAGCCAAACAUUUGAGGCAAUUGGAUUAUUGAUUGGCAUGGAAGAUGUUUCCCCAGAAAAGCAAUCUGAGUUUUUGACAGCACUUCUUGACUCUCUUUAUCAGAAGCUCAAGGGGCUUCUUUCAGAUGCCAAAGAACAUGGCUUGGAAGAAUCUUCAGCAAAAGUCUCAACCAUUCAGCAAAUUAUUAUGGCUUUGAAUGCUUUAAGCAAGGGUUUAAAUGAGCGACUUGUCAUGAGUAGCUGCCCAUCCAUUGGAAUUAUGUUUAAAAAGACAUUGAGUGUUGUCCUGGAAAUCCUUCUCUCAUGUCCAGAUAUUAGAGCUAUGCGAAAUAAGAUUACAUCAUUCUUUCAUCGCAUGGUUGAAAUAUUAGGAGCAUCUAUUCUUCCAUUCCUUCCUGCGCUUCUAAAGCACCUUCUUGUGAAGAGUGAGCCAGAAGACAUGGUUGAGUUUCUUGUACUGGCCAAUCAACUAAUUAGCAAAUUCUCCACUUCUUUAGAGUCCAUACUAGAAGAUAUAUUUCUUGCUAUUGCAAGUAGGCUGAUAGAAAUACUUCCAAAGGAUGCAUUUUCAGCGGCACCUGGAUGCAUUACAGAGGAAGUGCGAGAACUUCAAGAUCUGCAGAGAACAUUAUUUACCUUCCUUCAUGUGAUGGCAAACCACAAUCUUUCCUCAGUUUUCAUUGCACCAAGUUGUAGGGGAUGCUUGGAUGUAAUAAUACAACUACUUUUGAUAACUGCUUGUAGUCACAAAGAUAUACUUCUCAGGAAGAUGUGCGUGCAAAUUUUUGUGAAGCUCAUAAAAGACUGGUGCACCAAUUAUAAUGGCGGCGAUGUUGUUCCUGGAUUUCGCAGCUUUAUAAUUGAAAAUUUUUCUACCAAUUGUUGUCUGUACAGUGUCCUUGACAAUUCAUUCAAUUUCCAUGAUGCAAACACGUUUAUCCUUUUUGGAGAAAUCGUGCUGGCCCAGAAAGUAAUGUAUGAGAAGUUGGGUAGGGAUUUUGCUAUUCAUUUUGUGUCUAGUGGACUACAAGGAGUUCAUUGCCCACAUGAACUAGCAGAACAAUAUUAUGAAAAGUUGCAGACCAAUGAUGUGAAGGAUUUGAAACCUUUUUAUCAUCAAUUAAUUGAGAAUUUGAGGCUGCAGCAAAACGGAAGUCUUGUCUUUAGAUAGAAUAUUUUCAUGGUAUGUUCAGGAGGAGUAAACAAUGGAGAGUACCAUAUUUUGAUGAUCUUGGCCCUGCUUGUCUUGUGCAAGCAUUCUGGGAAGUUCUACCACCAUGUACAUAGUUCAGAUAUAUUUGAAGAUGAGAAGAUGCUGUACAUUGCUUGCAUCGCUUUCUUCCAAAACAACGCAAACGAGCUCCCUUAUAUGCUUCUGGAACGUGGUUUAAUUGAAGGGAGAAAAAAAAUCAAUUAAACCUUGCCUAUAUUUUUGUUGUUCCAAAGGAACAACUCUAUUGUAAUAUCCAGCUUUGUUCACGUAUUAAUUUGUUCAUUUUAUCAUGUGAUAUCAAAGUUGUUUUUGCAUGUGCAAAGAGAAUAAAAGUAAGCCUUUGUCCUGCAUCCUUUUUUAUUGAUAGCUUUGUAACAUUAAAUUGUAAUUGGUCUGUUGUCAGUCCAUAAUGUAAUCGUAUGCUUAUCAACAAAUGCGGAGGCUCUUCUCCACACUAUUAUAAGAUUUUUUUGUUUUGUUUUU